UAUUAACUUGUUGAUGACCAAGCAGGCAAGCAUUUCAGAGGCAGACCAAAAAAAAAAAGGGUACAGUAUUUGUGAAUUGAGCUCAAAAUGAGAGUUCCUGUAAAACUCCUCGGCUUUGGCUUCUGGUUGUUUUUCUUAAAUUGUGCCCGAUGUCAAGAAUGUCUUCGAGAGGACAUUAAAUAUGAUAACAUAGAACCAGUUGCGAAAGCUUCAUACGCUGAUGGUGAAACAGUGAGAGUGAGCUGCAUGACAGGUUAUACUGGCUUGUAUAAAUUAAAGUGUGAAAAAGGAAAAUGGAAGCAAUCCAUUGAGCGACCAUGUGCAAAGAAGAAAUGUAGUCAUCCAGGCGACACACCAAAUGGUGAUUUUGAACUUAAAGACGGGACGGAGUUUGUUUUUGGAACAAUGGUGGUGUAUACUUGCAAGAAAGGGUAUGAAAUGGCAAGCAGAAUCAAUCAGCGUACCUGCAGAGAUAAAGGAUGGGACAAUGCUGUUCCUGUCUGUGAGGCUGUGAGAUGUCCAGUCAUUCGCACAGAUGGGGAAGUAAUUGCAUCGGGCAACACAGAGGAGGGAAAUUAUGGCGAUGUUAUUCACUUUGAGUGUGUAUCUUCUGACAAAAAGAUCGAUGGAAGUAGUGACAUUCACUGCAAAGAGACGGGAGAAUGGAGUGACGCUGAUCCAAAGUGCAAAGAAAUAACAUGCACAGCACCGGUCAUAUCAAAUGGAUAUGUUGUUGAGCCACUGCCAGAAUACCAGAAAGAUGCCAUAUUAAAAUACAGAUGCAAUGAAAGAUUCAAGCCCAGAGAGGGAAUCCCCAGAUGUGCUAAAUUUGGCUGGACUCUGAACCCAGAAUGUGAUGAGGUAACUUGUGAGGUUAAGUCAACCACAUUUGGGGUGCAAAACAUCAGCCCCAAGGGAAAAACUAUUUUCAAAGUUGGAGAAAGUGUGACGCUCACCUGCUCUUACAAAUACUGGAUCUUUCCUGCAAAAGAAACCAUCAAACUAUGUACAUGCCAAGAUAACGGACAGUGGGAUUAUAUGCCUGUUUGUGAAGAGAUUAGAUGUGAAGUUCCACAUGACCAGCAUGUCUAUUACCCGCACUAUUACUUCAGAGGAGAUAUGAAACUGGAAGCAAAAAAAUCAUACAGUUGUGAGUCUGGAUAUAGUAAAACGGCUGCAGAGGCCACAUGUACACGAGACGGAUGGACACCAAAACCACUGUGUGCUGAAAUAAUGUGUGCAGCACCUAACAUUGAAAAUGCAGAGAUUGUAGGAGGUCAGAGACUAAACUACAGAAUCAAUUCAAGAAUAAACUAUAAAUGUCGUCCUGGAUUUGAACCACAGCAGCUUGUACAAAUCACCUGUGACUCCCAGGGCCAGUGGACAGGCAUACAGCAAUGCAGAGCAAUGUGUGCAGCACCCAACAUCCCAAAUGCAGAUAUUGUAGGAGGUCAGCAACCAUACUACAGAAUCAAUUCAACAAUACAAUAUAAAUGUCGUCCUGGAUUUGAACCAGAGCAGCCUGUACAAAUCACCUGUGACUCCCAGGGCCAGUGGACAGGCAUACAGCAAUGCAGAGCAAUGUGUGUAGCACCCAACAUCCCAAAUGCAGAUAUUGUAGGAGGUCAGAGAAAAAACUACAGAAUCAAUUCAAGAAUAAAAUAUAAAUGUCGUCCUGGAUUUGAACCAGAGCAGCCUGUAAACAUCACCUGUGAUUCCCAGGGCCAGUGGAUGGACAUACAGCAAUGCACCGCAAUGUGUGCAGCACCUUACAUCCCAAAUUCAGAGAUUUUGGGAGGUCACAAACCAAACUACAAGAUCAAUUCAACAAUACAAUAUAAAUGUAGUCCUGGAUUUGAACCAGAGCAACUUGUACACAUCACCUGUGAUUCCCAACACCAAUGGACAGAAAUACAACAAUGCACUGCAAUGUGUGCAGCACCUUACAUCCCAAAUUCAGAGAUUUUGGGAGGUCACAAACCAAACUACAAGAUCAAUUCAACAAUACAAUAUAAAUGUAGUCCUGGAUUUGAACCAGAGCAACUUGUACACAUCACCUGUGAUUCCCAACACCAAUGGACAGAAAUACAACAAUGCACUGCAAUGUGUGCAGCACCUUACAUCCCAAAUUCAGAGAUUGUGGGAGGUCACAGACCAAACUACAAGAUCAAUUCAGCAAUACAAUAUAAAUGUAGUCCUGGAUUUGAACCAGAGCAGCCUGUAAACAUCACCUGUGAUUCCCAACGCCAUUGGACAGGCCAAAAGAACUGCACUGCAAUGUGCGCAGCACCUUACAUCCCAAAUGCAGAGAUUGUAGAAAACUACAGAAUCAAUUUAACAAUAAAAUACAGAUGUAGUCCUGGAUUUGAACCAGAGCAGCCUGUACAAAUCACCUGUGAUUCCCAGGGCCAGUGGACAGGCAUACAGCAAUGCACUGGUCUAAAAGCCAGACAAUAUGAUGAAAAUAUACCGGAGAGCAGCAGAGAUGUGAAUGAAGAUGCAGAAAUAUACUGAUGCAGGAGCAACUCACACACACUAACACACACACAUACAAACACACUUGCUUGAUACAUCAAUCUACUUGCUUAUGUUACAAAGUCAUCAUUGAUUCAGAAUAAAGCUUGACAUUCAAACUG